AUGCCGAGAAGGAAAAAAAGUUCUAAAGCCGCAAAAAAAAGACUAAACAAACAGGGUAAUAAUUCUGAUACUGGACAAUUUAAUGAUAAAAAUGAUGUUUAUGUACCAUCAAAAAAAACCAUAUAUCGGAAAUUCACAGCAACAAAAUAUCGAAAAUACGACCCUUCUGGAACAUUUACUCAGGCUGCUAAAUCAAUACAACCGAUCACUAAUUUUUUUAGUUAUUCAAAUUCUCAAAGUGAUAAUGAACAAGAAAAUGAUGAGGGAAGUGAUGGUGAAGAUGGAACAGAAUGUGAUCAUGAGGGUGAUGACAAAAGUGCUAUAGAUAGUGAUACGGCAUACGCAUAUGAUUAUUUACAAUAUAUUGCUUUGCAUUUAUUUUUUAUAUAUUGGAAACAAUAUAAAUUAUCUUGGGUCAAAGCAAGUUUACGAUCUGCAAAAGAAUCUAUAAUAAAGGGGAUACAAAGCACAGCAGAUAAGAAAAUGGGCAAAUCACUGGAUAGAAAAUGA